AUGGGGACCACGGCCCGGCAACCGACAAGCCCUGGCCAAGAUGUCGAGUCAAGACCCAGCUUUGAGCCUUCGGGUCCUCGAUACCAAAGCAACAGUCAACCUUUCGCCGGAAGACUCGGCGCCAAUCAAGCGUAUGUAGUCGAUGGUGUGACAUCCGAAGACGAGAAGUUACUGCAGCAUCAACCGGAUGCUACGCCACAUAUGUCGUUCCGCGAGUUAAUGGACUGCCGUCCAAUAACGAAUAUCAAUCUGUGGAAGGCAGCUCUAAUCGAGGGAAUCGGGACGUUAUUAUUUGUCUACAUUACGAUAUGGGCAAACUCCUCGCCUGACGUGAUUCCUGCUUCGCCAACUCAACAGCUGGGAAACUUUGACAACGCUGCCUUUAUAGGGCCACUUAUAGGCGGAAUUCUCAACUUAGUCUUUAUAACGCUAUUCAUCACGUCAUUUGGUGCCAUUUCAGGUGCACAUUUCAACCCUCUCAUCACCUUUGCGACUUUCUGCGCACGACUCUGCUCACUACCGCGAAUGAUCCUCUAUAUCGCCGCUCAAGUCGGGGGCAGUGCGCUCGCUGGUUUGCUGGUUAGAGCUAGUUGGGGAGGCAGAGACUUCAAGACUGGAGGCUGCUGGCUCUUCAUAGAAGUGGUUCCACCCCGGGAGAUAUUCGUGGUUGAGCUCGUGUCGGCUACUAUUCUCUUGUUUCUCGCAUUUGGGGUAGGCCUGGAUCCGAGACAAGCUAAGGUCAUUGGCCCGGCGCUGGGGCCGUUGCUCGUAGGGCUUAGUGUUGGAACGAUGAGUUUUGCAAGUGCUUUCACGAGAUACGGAUAUGGAGGCGCGGGAUUGAAUCCUGCUAGGUGUGUGGGGGCUUUUGUUGGGAGUAGGUUUCCAACGUGGCAUUGGAUCCACUGGGUGGCAGAUGGUAUUGCUUGUAUUAUUCAUGGUGUGUGCUACUACUUCAUCCCACCAUGGACAGAAGUACGGCGAUAA